CUCGGCACACUUUCAAAAGAAAAAAACGCCGAAUUCAAAACUGAUCCUUGUGCAAUUUUGACAACAGCAAGCGGAUUUUGAGGAAGAACUUCACUGCCUGGUGGCAAUGGGCGCUGGACAGUGCGCAAACCUCAACAAAGUUGUACCUCAAGAAGGGGAAUUGCUCGGCCCAUAUCUAGCAAACUGCGUUAUUAUGUCAUUUCUAAGUAUAACAUCUGUAAUAGGGAACGUAUUAAUCUUGGUUGCGAUUUGCAGAGCUCCUGAAUUUCUUCGCCAGCCAUCGUAUUUUCUCUUGCUCAAUUUGGCUGUUGCCGAUUUGUGCGUUGGGUUUAUAGCCGAACCUCUCUACGUGAUAUACAAAAUAUCUUAUUUAUUCAAUCCAUUCUCUGUAAUGUCCUGUUACGCAGGGUAUGUGUUUAACCUAGUGUCUUUUCUUUUGACGUCGCUAUCGCUUUGGACCGCAGCAGCAAUUUCUCUGGAUCGAUUGAUGGCCCUUCAUCUUCAUUUGAAGUAUACCUCCAUCGUAACCAAGCAGAGAGUUGUUAUAUUGAUUGCUGCUUUGCUUGUAUUAAGCGUGGCUUUCGCUUCCAUGUUUGAAUGGGCCAUCGACGAGCAGAACACUGUGUUGGCGUGUGCGAACUCUCUCGCUUUGCUCAUCGCAUUGUUGUCUUACGUAAGGAUAUUCCAAAUCUUGCGCUACCAUCAACGACAAAUUUCUAGUCAUCAGGUUGGCGAAAUAUCAUCGUUCACCGACGGCGGGGAAAUGGACUCAACGGGUACCUCCUUUCAGGGAGAGGAGAUAAGGGAAAAACGAAGAGAAGCUACUAAAGACGUCAAUGGAAAUAGACGAAAUGAAAUGCGAAGCGAUAACGUACAAAUGGUGGACAAAGGUGAAGAUCAAAGACCUGACGGUGAAAAUCAUAUCAAGGACAACAAGAAAUUGCAGACGAAGGUAUCAUUUGUCUCCCGUGAGAAUCAUGGAUGCUUUUCUUCAAAAGAAGACUUGGAAAGUCUACGAGUAGGUGGUGAAAUGAACAUUGCUGAAGAUAAAGGUCAUGAAGAAGACGAGAUGCAUCUAAAAUUCGGGAGCACAAGUGCUCAACUUGGGAAAAGGACACUAGACCAUUCACGAGAAGAGGAAAUAGAUGUACAGAAAAUCGAAGAAGGAAAAGAAAAAUUAAUAAGAGUAGAAGUGAAUGAAGCGAGAAGGAAUGGAAAAAGAAGCAGUGAAAUGAACCACGAAUGCCCAAUCGAGAUGAAGGCUUUGAGUACUUUGCGAGCAGAUCGAAAUAAUACUCGAAACAAUCAAAUGAAAGGAGAAAAUUCCGUUGUCCCAGAGAAGCAUAACGAAAGCAGGUCAUCAGAGGGCGAAAUUAAUUUUAAGGGAUUUGAAAAAAAUCAGAAUCGUUUGUUAAUAACUGAAGCACCUUCCAUUAGACAGAUAACACAAGAAAGAUCACUUGAAAUGACUGCCAAAUGUGUCACCAUUGUUGGCCAUGGUAGGACCAAUACAGACGUCAACGAGCAAAGUGAUAUUAAUAUUGUCAAUAGAAGGAAAAAGUUUCAAAUGAGAAAGUUCAAGAAGUCGUUUUAUAACAUGUUUGUUAUAUGGUUUCUCAUGUUACUGUGCUAUUUACCCCUUAUAUGCACAUCUAUAUCGUUCCUAUUGAUUGGGCGUAGUUAUUCUAUGCACCUCGCGUUCAAUUUCACAACAUCUGUAAUGUUCAUGAAUUCUAGCAUAAAUCCUAUCUUGUUUUGUUGGAGAAUACGUGAGUUUCGCGCAGCUGUAAAGAAAACACUUAAAGAAGUGUUUGGAUUUCGGAGCAAUCGCGGUACCUGAUGUAACACUGAUAUGAGAAGAUAUCAAUUAUGUAAACCUUGAAUACAUUAGAUGUGUUUAGUUCAUCUUCAAAGCUUGAAAAAGAACCACUAGGGGUUUGUGGUGUGUGGGUGAGAACUUCACGCUCUCAACAGCUAACCAAAUACCAUAAUUUAUAUUUUCCAAAAACAUAUCUGCAAUUUGAAAGCUCUUUUCUUCUAUGAGAGUAAUACGUUACAACGCUUUGAUGUGAUAAUUGUAAUGAAAUGUCAGUGUGGCGGAAAAUAGUAAAGAGUUAUGUAUAAAUUCUUAUAACUUGUCUGAGACAUUGGAAGCUAUCUUUCUUGGCUUUGCUUACAAAGUGUCGUGUCUUUCUGUCAUCCCCACAAAAGCUGUGUUUGUCAUCACUCUGAGAAGCGUUAGUCAAGCUUCAUUCAUGUACGUCAGUGCAAUUUACAU